CUGAAUUUCGCUGUGACGUGGAUCAGAAAACAUCGGGCAGUGUCUCUCUUCAUGGUAGCGUGGAGCCUGGCAGGAUCCUCGGAGGACGCCAGCUUCGAUGUCGUUCCCCUCGUGCCAAGGGAGGGCAAGCUCGCGUUGUGUCAGCGCCUUGUCGUGUACUUGAGCAAGUAUACCCGCCUAAAGGUGACCUGGUGGGCCAAAAGGAGUUGCGCUCAGGAGUACACGGAUCGGCGCGAGCGCAUCGAGAGUGAUCUCAGUGGCGGUCUGAACAUGAAGAACGGUUGCGAACUACGAGGAACCCACUCGCCAAUUUUAAGCCUUGACUCAAGAAGUGGAAAGGCCUAGCGACGACAGCGCCCGGCUUCGCCAACAACAGCAAGGUGGUCCGCAGGCGUUGCCGGCCUUGGUGGAGGCGGUGAUUCGCUUGGCGGACAAGCCCGACUACACCUGGCAGAGGUGCAGGGGUUCGUCGGCACGACAAAGAUCGGCAAGCCCACGGCGUUCGACGGUUCAGAGACUGAGUACCAGAAGUGGGCGGCCAAGUUGGAGACGUUCGUUGUCGGCGUAUAUGGCGAGCAGUUCCGACCGCUAUUGGAGUGGGGCGUCGAUCGACAGAAGGUGAUUGGUCGCGGUCGCUGGCAGGCGGUGUUCGGCGCUCAGAGUAGCGACGAGAACGUCCGCGUAGAUGAGGUGGUGGCCCAGGUUCACACGGCGAUCCAGCAUCUUGUGGCCGGCGAGCCUUUCGACGUCACGCAAACCGCUGACAGAGAGAAUGGACUCGGGCGCCGACGGCGACUGGCGCGGAGGUUAGACCCAUCGACCACAGGGCACACGCGCAACUUGUUGAACCAGGUCAUGUCGCGAGGGCGCUGCAAGCUUUAGGAGCUGGCAGGCGCGCUCGAGCGAUGGGGGGAGGCCGUGCUGCGGUACGGGUUGAGGAAAGACGACGAUGGGAACCGCGAGCGUCCCUCGGUCAGCGUGAGGACGUCGGCCCUUGAGAGCGCGCUGCCCGCUGAGCUCGAAGAACACGUUCCGUUCAACCAGAACCGCCUGGACGCGCACGAACUGCUGAGGCGUGAGAUCGCGCCCCACCUCGAGGCUCGCACGGGCGCCUGGAAUCGGGGCCCGCACGAUGUCCUGCCAGGCGAAGUUGGCGAAGGCCAUUCGGAGGAGCUCUGGUUGUUCCCUCCAAAGAUGCGCUGCCGCACCACAGACAGGAAACAGCACGAACGGGGGAUGGCGCUCGAAGCUUCGGCUGCGCGU